AUGCCGAACACAGGCAAACCCAGUCCGGGAUGCCAUCUCUGUCGCACGAGGAGGGUCAAGUGCGACUUGACCCGCCCGGCUUGCCAGCGCUGCGCCAAAUAUGGCAUAGACUGUCCCGGCUACCGCGAUAGCCUGGACUUGAUGUUCCGCAACAGGGGCGUGGACGACGUGAAGAAGCUCGCCAAACGCCGCCAGAAGGUGACCUCGCCAAGGACCCAGUCCGAGAGCCCGCUGGUAAUAGCCAGCUCUCUGAGCCCGAGUCCGAGCUCUGUCGCAAGUCGCCCUUCUAUUGCGCUCAUCCUGGAUUGCUACUCGGUUCCGGUAAAUGGCGAGCGUCUUUUUGGUCAUGUCGAUUUUCUGCCUGUCUUGCUCUCGGAGGCGGAUGAGGGUUCAUGCUUGCUCUAUGCGACAGAUACCCUGGCUGGCGCCUACAUUGCUAACCAGACGGACUCGCUUCCGGAGCGGGAGAAAGCGUCUAGGUCGUAUGGGCGCGCGCUGGAAGCAGUCCGGGCCGCUCUUAUGAGCCCUACCGAGAGUAUCAAGGACGAGACCCUGGUGUCUGUUUGGGCUUUGGCUGCCUAUGAGAUCCUUGUUGGCUCAGCUCAAUCCAAGCGUGGCCCCGGGCCUGAGGCGUGGCAUCUUCACAUUGAUGGCCUCAACACGCUGCUCGCCUUUCGGGGUCCCGGGCAGUUUGCCUCCAAGCGAGGCAGGAAUAUCUUUUGGACCAUCCAUUCACAUAUUCUUAUGCGCUCUAUCUUGAACAGCGUGGUCUGUCCUCCCGAGUCGCGCGACUUAUCAGCCAUGUUUGCUGCUGCCACCAUGCCCAAUCCCGACAACCACGAGAUGUCAAUGACUUUCGUGUCGCAGUUUGUUAUCAGUGCCAGCGAUAUCAUCACGGCAUCGAUGGUCCAGCUCCGGACACAGUUUGUUACGGUUCCUCAAUGUAUCACAUACAUCCACUCCUUGGACGCCGCCGAAAGCAUUGUCCCGCAGUCAAUAUAUGAUAUCUAUUCCACCGGGGAUACCGCCUACGCCUGGAAUAUAUACCGCACGACGCGGAUGAGACUGCACCACUGCAUGCUGAUGUUAAUCAACUGUGCACUGGCUGACUUUGCUAUCGAUGCCUGGGAAGCGGUAGACGACCAAGAGAUCCAGAUCCUCGUACGACGGCGACAAGAGCACACAGAAAUUUUGCACUCUAUGGCGCAAGAGGUCUUGAGUUUUGUUCCUGCCGCCGUUAUACAAGCGGUGCGUUCGAAGCCUCCGUCUCCUCAAGCUGCGGAGUCUAUUCCAGAACCGGCUCAGCGAUCGAUCUGCUGGGCGGACGCUCUCCGUCUUGUCUGGCCGUUGGCCACCAUCUACAAGCUACCCAUGGUACAAGAGGAACAGCGGUGGAUCGCAAGACAAUCAUGCUAUGUGAUUGGCGAGCAAUGGGGGAUUCGGGAAGCGUUGAAGCAGUGGUCCAGUCCAGUGGCGAGAUUACCCCAGGCGAUGCUCCCUCGGUCUAAUUUUGACCAAGAUGAUUGGCAAGAGUAUUCGCCAGGUAGAAGCCUGACGACCAGGGAGGUUUGGGCAUAA